CCUCAAUCUUGUAGUAGAAGUCCCUAGGUUAGACUUUCUCGACCGUGUGAUUUAUGGUAAAUUACUUGAAUUGACAGUACGGCCCGCACUGUGCAUCCCGAUGCAACCGACCCCUCUACGUCCGUGACGAUGACUUCAAUGACUUGGCAGUCUAGCAUUUCUUUAUCUCAAAUACCGCGGCGCUUUUGUGAGAUUCAUAUGGCCCAAUGGUUUGGAAGUGAAGCAUUCCAUCUCAUUCUACAGAUCCUUGUACCUGAGCAUGUCGUUUCUUAAUCAGCUUAAGGAGAAGGCUGAGGAGCUGAACAGGAAACAUAACCUCCUGCCAAUCGGCCAAAACAAGCCGCAGCAAGGCUACGGAGCUUCUCCGCAACAGUACUACCCUGGCCAACAACCAUAUCCGUAUCAACCUCAACAUCAACCUCAGGGUCAGUGGCAAUGGCAGCAACCUGCCCCAACGCACUGGCAAACCCCUCCUCCACCCCCAGGACAGUCUUGGCAACAGCCAGCUCAUCCUCCUCAACCAAACUAUAACACCCGCCCCGGCGGCCCGCCCCCCAUUCCAUCACAUUCAAAACCACCUGCUAGCCCGUCUGCCGAGUCAGGCGGCCCCAGAGUCUACUGGCGCCCGACAUUCAGCCCGGGAAUACCGGUAUCCCACGAAUUUGAUCACAGACUCGGGCAUGGUGAUCCGUGGGGAUGGGGUAACAACGAGCUUGAGAACUACACAUCAGACAGCUCGAAUAGUUUCUACACGCCAGAUGGCAAGCUUGUUAUUCGUGCGCUCUCUCAAUCGCAUCAUCCGGACCCGGAAGCGCGAUACAUGUCGGCGCGGCUCGUGAGCAGAGCGACUCUUGGCCGCCGUGACGGUUGCGUUACCGCCUGGCUUAGCCUCCCCUGUGCUGAAGGGAUAUGGCCUGCAUUUUGGCUCUUGCCGCGUGAACCUUCUGUAUGGCCGCAUGAGGGUGAGAUCGACAUUGCUGAGAGCUGGAACGGUGAUUGUGAGAACCACGCUUGUUUGCACUGGGGGUUCUACACCCCGGAGGAUGCGCAGAAACAUUUAGUUCGUGGCACGCAUAUCCCGGAUAUGCCACAUCGCGCCAUCCGCUACGACUUCGUGUGGCAGUGCAGUGGGACUGGAGUUCGAGGAGAUGGUAAGGAGGAGGGCGGUGGGAGGAUCAUGUUUACAGCACGCUGGAUACUUGAAUUGCCAUUUUUGGAAGGAUCUUAGCUCUGGAGACAUGUUGCGGGAGUGUGUCUCGGGAGCUGUUUUAGGAGCUGAUUUAGAAGGUAAAGUCAUAUUACGGCUUAAUACAACAGAUCCCAGCUAUUACCACUUUUAUAGCCAAUACCAGUCGAUUUCUUAAACCAG